AUGAGGAUACAAUUUUUACUAUUACUUCUGACCUUGAUAGUUUGUCACUUCACCGGGGAAGCUUACAUUCUUCCAGAAGACUCUUCUGUAGACAGAGACUUGACGUCACUAAAAAGAUUAACGCAGUUUAAGCAGACUAGGACACUCUUACUCCAACUCCUACACCAAAUCAACACAUACUCACACGAUCCACCAAAAGUCUAUGUAGAUACGUCGAUACUGGUCAGGGGCGAUAACUCUUUAGGGAAAGACAGCUCUCAAUAUGAAGGUCGAGGCAAUGUCGGACUGGUCUCAGAGAAACGUGACAUGGGAAUUAUGCCUCCGUGGCGGGAACUUUGUCGUCUGGCGGGCCUGAGAAACUGCCGAGGAUACAGUAGAUAA